GGGCGGGGGCGGUGCUUUGUGUGCGGCCGGCGGGGCGCGCGGCGGUGCGGCCGGGGUACUGGCGGCGGGCGCCGCGGUCGGGCGGGCUGCCGGGCAGCAUGGAGGAGUUGAGCAGCGUGGGCGAGCAGGUCUUCGCCGCUGAGUGCAUCCUGAGCAAGCGGCUCCGCAAGGGCAAGCUGGAGUACCUGGUCAAGUGGCGCGGCUGGUCCUCCAAACAUAACAGCUGGGAGCCGGAGGAGAACAUCCUGGACCCGAGGCUGCUCCUGGCCUUCCAGAAGAAGGAACAUGAGAAGGAGGUGCAGAACCGCAAGAGAGGCAAGAGGCCGAGAGGCCGGCCAAGGAAGCUCACUGCUGUGUCCUCCUGCAGCCGACGCUCCAAGCUCAAGGAACCUGAUGCUCCCUCCAAAUCCAAGUCCAGCAGUUCCUCCUCUUCCUCUACGUCGUCAUCCUCUUCCUCAGAUGAAGAGGAUGACAGUGAUUUAGAUGCCAAGAGGGGUCCCCGGGGCCGCGACACCCACCCAGUGCCUCAGAAGAAGGCCCAGAUCCUGGUGGCCAAACCCGAGCUGAAGGAUCCCAUCAGGAAGAAGCGGGGACGAAAGCCCCUGCCCCCAGAGCAGAAGGCAACCCGAAGACCCGUGAGCCUGGCCAAGGUGCUGAAAACCGCCCGGAAGGAUCUGGGGGCCCCAGCCAGCAAGCUACCCCCUCCACUCAGCGCCCCCGUGGCAGGCCUGGCAGCUCUGAAGGCCCAUGCCAAGGAGGCCUGUGGUAGCCCCAGUGCCAUGGCCACCCCAGAGAACCUGGCCAGCCUGAUGAAGGGCAUGGCCAGUAGCCCCGGCCGGGGUGGCAUCAGUUGGCAGAGCUCCAUCGUGCAUUACAUGAACCGAAUGACCCAAAGCCAGGCCGCCAGCAGGUUGGCGCUGAAGGCCCAGGCCACCACCAAGUGCGGCCUUGGGCUGGACCUGAAGGUGAGGACGCAGAAAGGGGAGCUGGGAAUGAGUCCUCCAGGAAGCAAAAUCCCAAAGGCCCCCAGCAGCGGGGCUGUGGAGCAAAAAGUAGGGAGCACAGGGGGCCCCACACACACCCAUGGUGCCAGCAGGGUACCUGCUGGGUGCCCAGGCCCUCAGUCAGCACCCACCCAGGAGCUGAGCCUCCAGGUCUUGGACUUGCAAAGUGUCAAGAAUGGCAUGCCUGGGGUGGGUCUGCUCGCCCGCCAUGCCACCACCACCAAGGGUGUCCCAGCCACCAACCCAGUCCCUGGGAAGGGCACUGGGAGUGGCCUCAUUGGGGGCAGCGGGGCCGCCAUGCCCACCGACACGAGCAAAAGUGAGAAGCUGGCCUCCAGAGCAGUAGCGCCGCCCACCCCUGCCGGCAAGAGGGACUAUGUCAAGGGCAGUGCUACCCCCAGUGGGCAGGAGAGCCGCACAGCCCCUGGAGAAGCACGCAAGGCAGCCACACUGCCGGAGAUGAGCGCAGGCGAGGAGAGCAGCAGCUCAGACUCUGACCCGGACUCCACCUCGCCGCCCAGCACGGGUCAGAACCCGUCAGUGUCCGUUCAGACCAGCCAGGACUGGAAGCCUACCCGCAGCCUCAUCGAGCAUGUCUUUGUCACUGACGUCACUGCCAACCUCAUCACCGUCACAGUGAAGGAGUCUCCCACCAGCGUGGGCUUCUUCAACCUGAGGCAUUACUGAAUCCCCUGCGCCACCAGCUGCCCCGUCUUACUCCCCUUCGCUGCCUGUGGUUUUGCUUGGCUAACUGACUCCCAGCCCAAGCGCCCUCAAGAGUCUGGGUCAGGGAGGAGGAGCGGGUGGUCUCCUUGAUGGGCAGACUUGGAAGGGGCUUCUCCCCGCAUUCUGCCCUGUCCUGCGAGGUAGGGCAGGGGGUCUCGCUGCCUUGUUGGUCUCCACCAUCUUCCUACCUCUGCAGGCCUCUUCGUUCUCCCCUCUUGCCUCAGGAAACGCAGUGGCACCUGUGGCUCAAGGUGACUGUCUUGAACAGAGCAGGCUUCUUCAUGGCUGCGUUUGAACUGCUCCUCACUAGCCUGUGUGACUGCAUCACUGCUUUGCUCCCUGUCUUGCAGGGGCUGAGGUGUCAGCUGGGGCAUCUGGUGUGUCUCGCUUUCAGCCCUGGGGUGGGCAGAGAGUAUUGGGAGGCAAGGCCAGUGGGACUAGUGUUCCUGCCACCUGAUGGCAGCUUUUGGGAGAUGGGAUGAGCAGGGGCGGGCCUGGCUGGCAUUGCCUGAACCCGCGGUGGUGAGGUGGGGAGCUUGCCCCUGACAGCUGGGGGCUGGCUGGGGCCUUACUGUGAAAGGACAGUGGCAGGCAGCUAGAGUAGAGCAGGCCCAGGAGCCCUAACAGGCUGGCUUUGUGGCCAUCUAGCCAGAAUUCAGGGUGGCAUCCACAGCCCCCAACAGCCUACGGGCCAGCAUGGGUGGGGAGGGGGUGGUCCCACAGCUGGGUUCCACCCGAAGAGCCUCCACGCCUCGGAGCAGGGGAGGCAGGCUGUGGCUGCCGCCCUCCUUCCUGCCCGUGUCCCGAUGAGAAGUGACCUGAGUCCCCUUCCAAACCCAGACCCACCCCCUGCCCCAGGCCCACUGAAGCAUGUUCCAUUUCUAGAAAGCCCAGAGUUCAGUGUCCCAAGGAAAACCCAAAGUGGAGGUGCUCAGGUCCAGGGGAGUCCAGUGGGCAGGACCCUUGGCAAGCAAGCCCCUCCCUCCACUCCGAAGAUCUACCUUCUGCUAAUAAAGGACUGGCUUCGUGCUAAUG